UCGCUAGCUCCGUGAACCAUCGUCAACUACCACCGGUAGCGACGGCGGCGGUGAUAGCGGUGGAGGUGGAGGCAGUGGCGGACGCAGCGAUAGCACCGGCAGCAGCAGCAACAGCAGCAGCAGCAGCACCAACAGCAGCAGCAGCAGCAGCAGCACCACCACCACCACCACCACCACCAUCACCACCACCACCACCACCACCACCACCACCACCACCACCACCACUACCACUACCAUCACUACUACACACCAUCAACAUCACUAUCACCAUCACCGUCACCACCACCAAUAAGCGGCAGCAGUAGUCGUCGCGUGUCCCGCUUUACCACCUCCUCUUCUAUUUAGCGGCCGCUCCGCCGAUGCCGCAGUACCGACUGCUUUUCGCGGAAGGUGGAAACCCGUGUAACGCAACUAUACAUAUAUAGAUUUUCAAUUAGUCAAGUGGGCCGACCAGUAAGGAAGAAAAUUAUGUGCCAUCCCGAAGAAAGAAGUUACACUUAAAGGCUUUAUCGUCUUUCAUCGACGAUCCUCCAUGUUAUACAAGUUCAAGAGAAGGAAAGGAUCGAUCCGCUACAAGGAGAAGAACGCGGACGAGGAGGUGGACGAGGACGAGGAAAAACGCGCGCGUUAAUGUCCUCAAAAAGAAUAGGAGAACGGGAGAAAAGGAAAGGCCACGUUGGAACCAUGAAAAGAAUAAGGGUAUCGUGAGAGAUAGUUGUUCUCUUCCCUAUUUCGUGGAAAAGUCCAUGAUCGGUUCAACGCCGCGCCGUCCUGGAGAAGGAGAAGCAUUCGCGAGAGGAUGCUGCGCUACGUGGACUCGUUUCGUACGACCCUACCCUCGAGACUCAUUCUUCUCUCCCUAUUACAUAUUUAUUCAGGGGAAGAUUGCGAGAGGGUGUUAAAGAGAAAGCAGGAGUGCAUUGGUCAUAUAACGGCCCUUCGCAUGACGACCCUACAAAUACCGCAACACGUCGUUUUCAACGAAACGAUUCGUAUGCAGUGCAACUUUAGCCUGGACAACGAGCUGCUGUAUUCGGUGAAAUGGUACAAAGAUGGUCAUGAGUUUUAUCGAUACGUUCCGAAGGACGAGCCGACGGUACAAAUUUUUCCCGUCGCCGGCGUAAACGUGAACACGCAUCAUUCAACGGAAAGAUCCGUCGUCUUGAAUAACGUGGAUCUCUCCAGUUCUGGGAGGUAUCGAUGCGAGGUGUCGGCCGAAGCGCCAGCUUUUCAAACCGUUUCCGAUCAUGCCGACAUGACGGUAGUUGUCCUACCGAACGAAGGCCCUUUAAUAUCGGGUGGUCGAUCGAGAUAUCAGGUCGGCGACGUCGUUCGUCUUAAUUGUACAUCUGCGCCCUCGAAGCCAGCUGCCCUAUUGACGUGGUUCAUUAAUGGCGAAUCCGCCGACGCGCAAUACUUGAAAGGUCCGCAUAUUACUGCUGUCGACGCGAGAGGAUUGGAAACGGCGGUUUUAGGUUUGGAAUUUCGAGUUGCCAGUAAACACUUUAAAAGGGGCGACAUGAAGCUGAAAUGCUUGGCAACGAUAGCCGCUGUCUAUCUUCAAAGUAACGAGGAGAGCGUUGAAGGGGACGAGCGAAUUUUGAAAGCUCCAGUAAUGGAGAGCCGCGAAACCAGAGCACAGAGUCAUAUUCGCAAUGACUUGAUCAAUGGAUGUUCAGCCGAAGCCUCGUUGAAAUGGAAAAUGCUCCUCUUAAGCGUAGGAAUCAUUUUUAUGCGAUAAUAAGUCGUCGCCGAUCCAUGUCGCCGCUGUCAACGCGCGAAGGAGUCGGAAAAAGAUUAUAUAGUAACAUAAACGACUAAGUCAA